GUUGGUUGCUGGGUAACCGCGUCAGGGCGGAGCGGAUGCCAUCCUGCAAGGGCGCGGGGACCCACAACGACGGCUGUCCCCAAAGAACCCCUGCGACUGGGAAUUGAAGUGAAAGAGAAUCCGGAUUUCCUGUGCGUGAUCCAGGGGACGGACAAACUUCUUGUCCUUAGGCAAGGGAGCAUUUUGUAGGCGCUCCAAGUGUUGAGGUGCUUCCCGCUUCUUCGAAGAUGCCCCCGAAACAGCCGCUUCGUAGGCAGAUCUUUACUGCAAGAAGUACUAAAGGAAGUUCUUAGCCUGAAGGAAAAUGAUACCUGAUGGAAGCUCUUUCUAUGGGAAGGACCAAAAGGUACUGGAAAUGGCAAAGCGUCAGUGUGGGCAGAGGAACCAGGAAGCGGGAUGAAGAUUCAGGGACUGAAGUGGCAGAAGGGGCAGAUGAAUGGGCCCAGUCCAAAGCAACAGUUCGACCCCCCGACCAGCUGGAGUUGACCGACGCGGAGCUAAAGGAGGAGUUCACCCGGAUCCUGACAGCCAACAACCCACAUGCACCCCAGAACAUCGUCAGGUACAGCUUCAAAGAAGGCACGUAUAAGCUUAUUGGCUUUGUGGACCAACUGGCAGUUCACUUCAGCCAGGUUGGGAAUCUGAUCCCCAAAGACUCAGAUGAAGGACGGAGGCAGCGCUACCGCAAUAACUUGGUGACAGGUUCUGAGGAGUCUGCCAAGUUGGUGAUUUCAGAAGCGGAAGUCGUUGAGGAAGAAGACGAGCCCAAGGAAGCGGAAGCUGGGAGUCAAACAGACCUUCCUGCAGCUGAGGCAGCUGAAAAAGUGGCAGAAGAAUUGAUGACUCCCAAGCAACCCAAGGAGCGAAAGCUCACCAACAAGUUCAACUUCAGCGAGAGGGCCUCACAGACCUUCAACAACCCUCUCCGGGACCGAGAAUGCCAGAUGGAGCCUCCUCCCAGGACAAACUUUUCAGCCACAGCCAAUCAGUGGGAGAUCUAUGAUGCUUACGUAGAGGAGCUCGAGAAACAAGAAAAGACCAAAGAGAAGGAGAAGGCGAAGACCCCAGUGGCUAAAAAAAUGGGGAAGAUGGCCAUGAGGAAGAUGACAUCUAUGGAGUCCCAGAGUGAUGAUAUCACCAAAGUGACCCAAGCUGCUAAAAUCGUGGAGCGGAUGGUCAACCAGAACACAUAUGAUGAUGUUGCUCAAGAUUUUAAGUACUACGAGGAUGCUGCUGACGAAUACCGGGACCAGGAGGGUACUCUGCUGCCGCUCUGGAAGUUCCAAAAUGACAAAGCCAAGCGCCUGGCCGUCACCGCCCUCUGCUGGAAUCCAAAGUACAACGAUCUGUUUGCAGUGGGACAUGGCUCCUAUGACUUCAUGAAGCAGAGCCGGGGCAUGCUGCUGCUCUACAGCAUGAAGAAUCCCAGCUUCCCUGAAUACAUCUUCAGCAGCGAGAGCGGCAUCAUGUGUCUGGACAUGCACGUGGACCACCCCUACCUGGUGGUGGUGGGCCACUACGAUGGCAACGUGGCCAUUUACAACCUCAAGAAGCCCCACUCCCAGCCCUCCUUCCGCAGUUCGGCCAAGUCUGGCAAGCACACGGACCCUGUGUGGCAGGUCAAGUGGCAGAAGGAUGACAUGGACAACAACCUCAACUUCUUCUCUGUGUCAUCUGAUGGCAGGAUCGUGUCUUGGACGCUUGUGAAGAGCGAGCUGGUUCACACGGAUGUCAUCAAGCUGAAGGUGGAGGGCAGCACCACGGAAAGUCUCGAGGGGUUGCAGCUAUACACAGUGGGCUGUGGCACCGCCUUCGACUUCCACAAAGAGAUCGACUACAUGUUCCUAGUGGGCACGGAGGAGGGGAAAAUCUACAAGUGCUCUAAAUCCUACUCCAGCCAAUUCCUGGACACCUAUGAUGCCCACAACAUGGCAGUGGACGCUGUGUCCUGGAACCCAUACCACACCAAGGUCUUCAUGUCCUGUAGCUCUGACUGGACAGUGAAGAUCUGGGACCACACCAUCAAGACCCCGAUGUUCAUCUAUGACCUAAAUUCAGCGGUGGGCGAUGUGGCCUGGGCACCAUACUCUUCUACUGUGUUUGCGGCAGUCACCACCAAUGGGAAGACCCACGUGUUUGACUUGUCCAUCAACAAGUACGAGGCCAUCUGCAACCAGCCCGUGGUGGCCAAAAAGAAGAACAAGAUCACCCACGUGCAGUUCAAUCCCAUCCACCCCAUCAUCAUUGUGGGUGACGACCGUGGGCACGUCACCUGCCUCAAGCUCUCACCCAACCUGCGCAAGAUGCCCAAGCUCCUCAGAACCACCGUGGGAAAUAACGGAUGUGAAGUGACAGCAUUUGGAGGCAGCAGCAGACAGCAGCCAAGACCUUCCAAGGUGAGCAGCCUCUGUGAGGUCAAGGGCCAGGACCCCCCAGGAGGGAUGACCAUCCCCAGGCUCAGUCCAGUCAGAGGCAACGACACUGCCCCUCUAGCCACCUCCGGGCUUGGGACAGGGCUGGGUCUCUCCUGGGGUUGGGGCAGGAAGACGCCCCAGUUCUCCUCUCUAUCGGCCUCUGAGGCUCCAGGAGCCCUUCUCCCCUCCUUCUCCUCCCCAGGCCCCACAUAAUUGCUUUCCCAUGUUGCUAAUGGAGGCCAGAUUGCUGAUGCCCAAGCCUGGGUGGGCGGCGGGUGGGUCAGGGCUGACCAAGGCUCUCAAGGCAGGAAGGCAGCACAGGACAGAGACCCCUUGUAACUUCAGACCCCUUACCACAGGGACAGGGAAGGAGGAGGCUCAGCUCCAUCCCACAACAUUGUAUUCCUGAGGGUUAAUGACUCCCUGCUCCCUCCCCUGCUGCUGGACCUGAAGGACAGGUUCAGGCCCAGCCGCACCUCAUAGGGACCAGACAGGCAGACGUGGGGGCCCAGGGCACAGAGGUUGGUCCACGGCCAUUUCUCAGGCCGUCCACCCUGGGAGCCUCUCCCUGUGAGCAGGAGCCAUGCACUCCCAUCGUUGGG